AUGUCUUUCACCUCCUCCUGGUCCCGGACUCUGCGAGCCCUACUCCUCCUGCAACUCCUCCUCAUACAGCCGUGCCUCCACCACCCGCAGCCGUGCCACCUCCUGGUACAGAUCGGACACAAGGUGCGCGUCGGUGCGCUCCUUCCGGCAAAAAAAAAGCUGGGUCUGAACCGCGCUACGGCCGCGGUGAGUCGGGACCAUGACCCUGACCAGCGGGAAUGGGAACGGGACAACUUCCUGCCCUACAACCUAAGCCUGGAGCUGGUGUCCCAGCAGCCGGCCGCCGCGGACCCGGAGUCCCUGUUACGGUGCGUGUGUCAGGGCGUGGUGGUGCAAGGAGUGUCCGCCGUGCUCGCCUUCCCGCAGAGCCGCGAGGAGCUGCUACAGGUGGACUUCCUGGCCUCGUCCCUGGAGAUCCCUUUCCUCAGUGUCAUUGAGCAGGGGGAGCCGCUCCGCACGCAGAACCAGUUCCACCUGCAGAUGGUGACGGGGGUUCCAGAGUCCGGUCUGUCAGACUUGUUGCUGACGGUUCUGCAGCGGUCUGGUUGGAGAGAGGGUACUGCAGUUCUGUGUCGGGGCUGGGAGGAGGCUCGGGGUCUACUGCAGCUCCUGGAUGGUCAGAGCGGUGCACCUUGGGAUGGCACGGGUGGGCUCACCUGGCAUCUGCGGGCCCUCCUAAACCUGACGCAGUCGGCCGACGAUGACACUCAGAUCCACGACUUCCUAUCUCGACACUUCAGAAAAAAACGGCCGCCGCCAGCAUCAGUGCUGCUGUUUGGGGCUGACCCUCAGUGUGCGGCAGCUGUUCUGGGGAGUGCCCAGGACCUGGGGCUGACCUUACCCAUGGUGCACUGGGUGCUGGGCCAGCCACUCAGCCCCGAUGCACUUCAUGCCAUUGGGCUGCCACUUGGCCUGCUGGCCUAUGGACAGGUGGACAAGAAACCACUCGAAUUCUACAUCAGGGAUGCUCUGCAGCUUGUCACCAGGGCCAUUGCUGCAGCAACCAUGGUGAGACCGGACCUGGCUCUGAUCCAGAACAUGGUGAACUGCUACAACAAACCCGACAAACACGAGAUGACAUUGUCAGGGCAAUACCUGUCCAGGUUUCUGUCCAACAUGUCUUUUUCUGGUCUGACGGGUCCAAUUCAGGUCCAGCAGAACCAGUCUCAGAUCCUCACUUCACAGCGGUUCCACAUCUGGAGCCUGCAGCAGGAUGCACUGGGUCAGCCCACCUGGGUGACAGUGGGCAGGUGGGAUAGGGGUCAGCUACGAGUAGAGGACCAGGGAGUCUGGCAGGGACCCAAAUUUUGGCACAGGACAGAGGGAACAGGUGGGAGGACCAGGGGCUACUGGAAAGCAGGUAUACCAGUGGCAGGGAGUCGGGUCCGGGUGGUGACUCUGGUGGAGCACCCUUUUGUGUUCACACGGAAUGUGGAUGAUGAGGGCAGCUGCCCGGCUGGUCAGUUUUGCCUGGAUGCUGGCACCAACAGCUCAGAGACCCUGGAGAGGUUUUUCAAAGAGGUGGUGGGAGGGAACAGCAGCUCUCUGCCUGCAGAGUACAACAAGUGUUGCUAUGGAUACUGCAUUGACCUGUUGGAGAAGCUGGCUGAGGAUUUGGACUUUGAAUUUGAUCUUUACAUUGUCGGAGAUGGGAAGUACGGUGCAUGGAAGGGGGGCCGCUGGACUGGACUGGUGGGGGAUCUUCUGAACGGACUGGCAGACAUGGCGGUCACCUCCUUCAGUAUCAAUUCAGCACGAAGUCAGGUUAUUGAUUUCACCUCGCCCUUCUUCUCCACCAGCUUGGGCAUCCUGGUGCGCAGUAAGGACACAGCAGCCCCUAUUGGAGCCUUCAUGUGGCCCCUGCACUGGUCCAUGUGGGUGGGCAUCUUCCUGGCACUGCACAUCACAGCGCUCUUCCUUACACUAUAUGAGUGGAAGAGUCCAUUUGGCAUGACGCCUCAUGGACGCAACAGGAUGAAGGUGUUCUCAUACUCAUCUGCUCUGAACCUGUGCUACGCCAUCCUGUUUGGGCGCACUGUCUCCUCAAAGACACCAAAGUGCUGGACAGGUCGGUUCCUGAUGAACCUGUGGGCCAUCUUCUGUCUGCUGGUGCUGUCCAGCUACACUGCCAACCUUGCUGCUGUCAUGGUAGGAGAGAAGACCUUUGAGGAGGUCUCAGGGAUUCAUGAUGCCAAGCUGCACCAUCCGUCCCGUGGUUUUCGUUUUGGAACAGUGAGAGAAAGCAGUGCUGAAGAUUACAUGAAAAAGAGCUUUCCAGAGAUGUACGAGUACAUGAGACGCUUCAACAAACCAACUACACCUGAAGGGGUUGCCACUCUCAAGACAGAUCCUCCUCAGCUUGACGCCUUCAUCAUGGACAAAGCUCUGCUGGACUAUGAAGUUUCCAUUGAUGCUGACUGUAAACUGGCAACUGUUGGGAAGCCAUUUGCCAUUGAAGGUUAUGGCAUUGGUCUUCCUCAGAACUCUCCUCUAACCUCAAACAUCUCUGAGUUCAUCAGUAGAUAUAAAUCAGAUGGUUACAUGGACUUGCUGCACGACAAAUGGUAUAAAGUGGUCCCCUGUGGAAACAGAGUGUUUGCCGUUACCGAGACUCUCCAGAUGGGGAUCAGCCACUUUUCCGGACUCUUUGUGUUGUUGUGUGUUGGAGUGGGCGGAGCUUUGCUUACUCUAGCAGUUGAACAUGGUUUCUACCGACUUGUCCUCCCGCAUAUCCGUCGCCGACAGAACCUCAAGUACUGGCUGCACACCUCACAGAAAAUCCAUCGUGCUCUAAACAUGACUUAUGAGGACGUGAAGAGGCAGCGAGCUGAGAGAGAUAAAAGCUGUAACCUGCAGAAGUCUCAGUCCCCUCCAGGACCCCCUGCCCCGCCAGUCCCUGGAACCUCAGCCAAGUGGAACAAUGAAACCAGCACGGACACUGCUGUCACCAAGGAUGCCCGAGAUUUCAAACGAGUCCACUUCAACCUGGAGACCCUCAACACCCGCCGCCUGCUUGCUCGCAUUGCAGCCUCUGAUGCCAAAGGAGGUGUGACUAAAUGUGACAGGGAGGGACCAGUCAAGCUGAUGGCAGGGCCAAACAACAGACUGUGUGAGAAUGGAGGACCACCGGCCUCAUUUGCCAGUCUAGUUCUCUCUCUCCCCUCCUCAUCGUCGUCUUCAUCUUCCUUCUCUACCCGACCUAAUGCCUCUGCUCCUCCUCCUGCAACUGCAGCACUGUCCCCCACCCCUGUGGCCCCACCCCAACCAGGUGAGCUGGAGGAGCUGCAGAAAGAGAUCGAACAGAUGAGGGAGAAGCUAACGAUGGCUCUGUCCCGGAGAGCCGAGAUCCAGACCACUCUGGCCAUACCUGUUGCUAUGGUGACAAAAAAAUCUUCUGCAGUCAGUACAAUGACAGCAGCGAUGACAACGACUGGAGCCUCACACACCCCCUUAACCACUGUUGCUCUGGCAACGACCCUCCCAGCCAACACAAAGUGUGUGAUGACCAUGACGGACCCACCUCACAAAGUCCUGUCCAAAGUCCGACCCCUCACCAGCAGACUGACCAGCCAGAAGAGGUGAUGGUCUUUGCACAGGUCAAAUGACCCUCUGCACACAGUGGCCAUAUUAAUCAGCUGAGCCUGGAAAAUAAAUUUUAUUUUGAAAUGAUCUGACCACAAUGAACCUGACUGGACAGAAAACAGAACUAUCAGGCUCAUGUUGUUUGUAACUGACACCUGAAAUGUGAUUGUCAGGGGGAAAUUAAAGCUGCAUUAACUAAGAUUUAGACCAAAUUUGGAUAAAUCAAUUAAAGAAUUGUC